AUGCCUCCUCGCAAGAAACCUAACACGCCCACCGCCAAUGGCAAGAGCAAGCAGUCGACCACACCCGCCUCCCGCUCUCUCCAAGCCACGAGAAGAUCGACUCGGGCUCGAAGACUCUCCGAUCUCGUAGAUAGUGACGAGUCCCUCGAUGAGCUAUGCGCUACCAAGGCUCGCGGCGGAGCGAUCGACGCUGAGGUGCGGGAUGAAAUCACUGCAUACCCAUCUCACCCGAAGCGGGAAUCACACGAGGACACGGCGAACAACCACGUAUCUCAGGAUCAACCUGCUGAUGCAAUCACUGUCCAGACUCCCAGAUCAGAGGCCAGCAGCACCAAGGAUGGCAGCGCCGGGAAGUCACGACUAACCAGAGGCACCCCAAUGAAGAAGCAGGAAUUCGACUUGACGACCGCCGCUGGUGAUGACGAGGACGAGCUGGCCGAAGCUGAACCGGUAUUGAAAAAGCCGAAGAUAAUUGUGAAGCAGACACAGGCGCCCGGCGCCCGCAAGAGCCGGUCGAAGUGGGACAAUCUGGAUGAGAUGCUCACGAACCCGAACUCACCCCUCGUCAAGACGAAUCUUCGAGAUCUCCUCUGCAGCCCCAAAGCUUGGGGCAUCCUCAGCGCCGAGGAGAAGCAGCAAGUGCUGGCCAAGUUCCCAGGCCAGGACGAGAUCCUCGACGCCGGCACCGACGCCGCGCGUCCCGACAUCGCCGCCCUGCGCAACAACAACCACUUCCGCCACGACGUCGCCCGCUACCAGGAGAGCCUCCGCCUGGGCCGCCACGACCCCGAGUGGAUACACCAGGCCCAGCAGGCCCACCAGAAGCGACGGCUCGGGCUGUACGACGAGUUCCUCGCUGCGCGGUUCGAGGAGGACUGGGAGAUGCCGCUGCCGGGCAAGGCGGAGGAGUCGCAGGCUGAGCCCGAAGUAGAGCCCGAGGUUGAAGUAGAGGGAAAGGUCGAGCCCGAGGUUGAGUUUGAGGAAAAACUCGAGCAGAAGCUUGAAGAAAAGCUCGAGCAGAAACUUGAGGAAAAGCUUGAGCAGGAAAAGGACCAGGCGCAAGAGCAAGAGCAUGACCAGAUGAAUGGUCAGGAGCACGAGGCCCGUACGAAUGGCAAUGCCAAUGGCGAGGAGGGAAUCGGACCAGACGCGGCCAUCGAGGCCGAGGAGAACCACGCAGAUGAUGUUGAAGUGAAGCCUAAGGCGGACGAAAUCAUGGGUGCGACUUGA